UGGCGUUCAGAGUCGGCAGUUGCGAUUGCCUUCUGGCAAACUUUAUCGUGACACCGUUUCGUGCGUGUUCGAGGGACGGCCGGUUCGUGCGAUCGGGUCCGUUUCCGCCCGUAGCCGCGCAACUCGGUUUCGCGCUCCAUGAGUCCAGUGAUACAGUAAUAUUCCCUCGGUGUGCGUUUACGCUGUGCAUCGUGGUGCAUCGUUCCAUGCGACGAUCCCCCGUACGAUACUGAUGUAGAACGGCAGCAUGGCUAUCAGCGUCAAGUUCACCAAAUUCGACAACACGCCAUGGGGAUUCCGGUUGGCGGGCGGCAGCGACUUCCCACAGCCGUUGACUGUCAUCAGAGUGGCGGAGGGAAGUCUCGCAGAAUGCAUGGGCUUGAAGGUCGGCGACGUGGUGGUCAGAUUAAACGACCAACCCAUCGGCGGCCUGACUCACGGUCAGGCUCACGAAGAACUAAUGCGGGCGGGUAAUAAUUUUGUCCUGGGCGUGCAGCGAGAAGAAGAUCCCCAUAAGGCUUUGGAGGGGCUGUCCGAGGAGAACAUCGUUCCGUACAAGAUCCCCCUAGCCGACCUGCCGCCGGUAUUCCCGGAGCAGAUCUUGACGGAGGAGACGGUGAUCGAGCGGGUCGAGGAGAGCACGUACGAGGAGGUGACCGCCGAGGCCGAGCCAGAGGUCGAGCCGCUUCCGGACAAGCCGAAAGACGAGAACAGCGAGAUCGUGCCGAAUCAGAAUCUCACGGACGACGAGAUCGCUCAGCUGAUUCUCGAGGAGGAGGAGCUUCUCGACGAGAAAGGCGUCCUGGGAGUGAAUUUCAAAAAGCUCCGACCACGCGCGACCGUUCUGAGGCAGUCGAAGGUGAUCGAGGAGCUGCAGAGCAUCGCGACAGCGGAGCCGCCGAUAGUCGAGCAGCUGAAGCGCACCUCGGUGUUCCUGCAGAAGCCGCAGCGGCCGAUACCGCAGCCCCGCAAGAGGCAGGACGAAGAGGAGACCGAGGUCGAGGCGUACAGGGUGGUCAUCACCAAGCAGAAGAAGAGGACCGUCACCGACCGGCUGCUGGAGAAGGGCCUCUUGAAGCCGGAACCCGCCAAGACCCCGGAACCGAACACUCCCGAGGCGACCCCGUCGGCGACUCCAGAGCCCGGUCGUCGGUCGGCCGAAGAUCGCGAGGACGAGUCGCGUCCCGAGUCGAAGGCCGAGUCGUCGAGGCCGGACGAGGCCGAGCAGCGGCCGGAGGAUAGUACCGUCGACGAGGAUAACCAACCGGAAGUCCCUCGCGACGAGGAGCCCGAUAGCGAGCCGUCCACGCGGGAGUCGAUACUGAACGAGAUCGAGAAAGAGAUGGCGGACGUCGCGUCGAAGGUCGACAGGGAGAAGAUCAAGGAGCUGGUCAGCACGGAGAUCGACCUGGAGAAGCAACUGGAGAACGUCCAGCGGCAGUUGCUCUCGCUGAAGCAGCUGCCGAGCGAGAUCGAGAGCCACCUGAGAAUCGUCUCCGACCAACUGCAGAAGAUCAUGGAGCUGAGCGGCGUGCAGAACGGCGUGCAGAACGGCGUGCAGAACGGCGCCACCGACGAGAACGAGCAGCAGCCGUCGCGAGAGGAAGAGACUCGCGAGGAGGCGAAGGAGUCCGGCGACGAGCACGAGGAGCAUCUGGACCACGAGGAGGACACGGAGACGGACUUCACGGAGGACUUCUCGUACACCGCUUACUACGACGAGCGCCAGCACCACCGGAUCGUCGAGCAGACCGUCGAGGAGGAAGAGGAGGACACCGAGACGCACGAGCUGGAGGGCACGCUGUCGGUGAAGAGCGACGACGGCAGCAGAGUGAAGAAGUUCGUGGUCUCGUACGAGACGAAGAUGCUGAAGUCGCCGAGCCCGGCGCCGUCCCACGGAAGUUUCGAACCCGAUCCAAAACUAUCGCCGAAAGAUCAAGUAAUUCAGGAGUUGCAGCAGAAAAUGCAGCAACGGGGAAGGAAACCCUCGCAGGAGCUGUGGCCGCAGGCUAAGCAGGUCGAGCUCACUCUCGGCCGGAGAUGGAGGUGUCCGAACGAUUUCUUCAACGACGAGAUGAUCGCCGAGGUCCUGUCUUCCCAGGCGGAAGUGAUCCGAGGCAGAGCCCUGGGAGUCAACUUCAAGAAGUACGAGAAGACGAACCUGCCGAACUACGACCACCUGAUGAACUCGAGUGUGUACAAGAUGAUUCAUAAGAUGGAACGGGAGCCGAAGAAAGGAAUUCCGGCCAGGCCGGCCAAAGUGAACGCCGCGGAGGACAUAAUCGAGAGGGCCAAAUCUCCAGCGCUGAGCGUCGCGGACGACAGGAGUACGCGGAGCGUCAGCCAUUAAGACCACGGAGGACCGCGAGCAGAACGAUCGUUUCAUUUCUGUUCCCCGCGGGGAACAAGGAGAGGCGUUGAUCACGGAGAGGAAAGCGAAAACGCGCGAGGCGCGCGGCGAUAACAUAAAACGAUGCGAGUAACGUGCGCUGCGAUCGCGAGCAUCGAGCGCGAGUGUAACGCGAAUCAUUUAGGUACGUUUGCGUGUGGUAUAUACAUACAAUGUCACGGAGUGUGCAAGCUUUGUCAAAACCGUAACGAAGAUUGAGGCGUUAAU